AUGCCUGGAGCCAUGAGGAUCUUUUUCUUAAUUUUUGUUGCCCUCAUUCUUCUUGCUCAAAUUUUCUCAGAUGCUUUAACAGGAAGGUCUGAAAACCAGAGGCUAAGUUGCCAAAGGCAACUACGUUGUCUGAAAUUGGAUGGUCGCUGUGAAGUUGAAUGCCCUUCCUUUGAAGUUAAGAUUGGAGACUGCAGAGCUGAAUUGACAACAUUUUGCUGCAAAAAGAGAAAGAAUCAUUAA